AUUUUUAGCCUCGAGAUUUUACUGAAGUGGUUGUCCGAAAGAAGAAUGAAAUAAAUAUUGAUAAUUUUAAGACAUAUUUAGCUAGACAGAGAUGGAAGCAUUCUUUGCUGGUUAUAACUUUAUGUAACAAAUUGUCACGUAGUGCCAAGUUACGCAGUCAGAGCAGCGUUAACAUGAUAGAAUAUCAUUCUGGCAUCCGAGAUAUGCCAUUCAUAAACAAGGAGCAAGAUGAAAAUUUUGUUGUGGCAGCGUUAUUUUGUGCUGUGGAAGAGGGAAAUCUGGCUGGAUUGGAAGAAUUGUUUUCUAUGUCUAAUAUUGAUGUUAAUCAAUGUAAUAGGCAUGGAGAGACAGCAGUUCAUAUUGCUUCUGGAUUGGGUCAGCUAGAAAUACUUAGGUUCCUGCAUUCCAAAGGAGCUGAUAUCUUUAGAGUAGAUAGUGUAAGUUCAAACUUUUUAAGUUAACUUUUUAAAUUAAUAAAACUUAUUAA